AUGAAAUUAUGGUGCCUCUUUAUCGUUUUCCUUAUUUCAGCGUCACAUGUUUAUUUGAAUGAUUAUAAUGAUGCUUUAAUCAAUAAUCCAAAUGUAAAAAAUUUUCCAUCAAUUUUACAAUUAUCAUCAUCAUAUAUCAUGCCAAAAAAUCGAUCUAGACGAUCAACAAUUGUCAAACGUUCACAACGUAAUGCAAAUAUACUUUAUCGACAUUGUCGACGAAAUGGUCAAGCACCAAAUUUUUGUUUAAAAUAUGCUGUAAGAAUGAUAUUUGCUACAGGUCAUUGA